ACUACAAGAAAGCGCCCUAGUGGGCGGGGCCCUGGGCGGGGCCCCGGGCCUCUCUCCAGUGACCCGGAACUGGGGCGACCCAUGGUUCUCCGAGAGGAUGGGCUACGGGGCGCUAGGGAAGCAAGAAGCGAUCCCUGGGAGUCGUCUCGCCUUCACCGAACGCUCUGGGCUUUUUCCAGAGGAGAUAAAAGAUAGGAAGUGACGUCUGGGCCCAAAGCAGGCCCAGGGCUCGGGACCGAUCAGCAGCUAGGCCAGGCCAGAGCCACUCUCCCGCUGCGCUCAGGGCGCGUGUACCACCCGCCUGACCAGCCUCUGUCCCCGGAUCCGCUCGCCGCGUCGGAGCGGGAGCGGGUGUCACCCCGCGGCCGUAGAGCGGGAACGCCCGCCCGGACACCUGUCGCCCAUAUUUUAAUAUCCCAAUUCCAGGAAAAUACUGGAUAACACCCUUGAGAAAAAAAACCAAGAAAUCAUGAAAAAGUGUUUUAAUUAUUAAAGCCAUGGCUACAUCUGCAAAUCUGGACAUUGGGGCCCAGCUGAUCGUGGAAGAGUGUCCCAGCAGCUAUAUCUCUGGGAUGCCAGACAUCAAGCUAGAGCACCAGCUGGACCCAAACCCAGAUGAAGGAGCAGCCCAGGGUGUCGCCAUGGGGAUGAAAUUCAUAUUGCCAAACCGAUUUGAUAUGAACGUGUGUUCUCGAUUCGUGAAGUCCUUAAAUGAAGAGGAUAGUAAAAAUAUUCAAGAUCAAGUGAACUCUGACCUGGAGGUGGCGUCUGUCUUGUUUAAAGCUGAGUGCAAUAUCCAUACCUCUCCUUCUCCUGGAAUUCAAGUAAGGCAUGUCUACACACCAUCUACAACAAAACAUUUCUCACCCAUAAAACAGUCAACUACUUUAACCAACAAGCACAGGGGAAACGAGGUCUCUACCACACCUCUGUUAGCAAAUUCUCUGUCUGUUCACCAGUUGGCAGCCCAGGGAGAGAUGCUCUACCUGGCUACUCGUAUUGAACAAGAAAAUGUUAUCAAUCACACGGAUGAAGAAGGAUUUACCCCCCUGAUGUGGGCUGCGGCACAUGGGCAAAUAGCUGUGGUAGAGUUCCUUCUUCAGAAUGGUGCAGAUCCCCAGCUUCUAGGAAAAGGUCGAGAAAGUGCCCUGUCAUUGGCCUGUAGCAAGGGCUACACAGACAUUGUCAAAAUGCUGCUUGACUGUGGAGUUGACGUCAAUGAAUAUGACUGGAACGGAGGGACACCUUUGCUUUACGCUGUCCAUGGGAACCACGUGAAGUGCGUAAAGAUGCUGUUGGAAAAUGGAGCUGACCCAACAAUUGAAACAGACUCUGGCUAUAAUUCUAUGGACCUAGCUGUAGCUUUGGGCUACAGAGGUGCUCUGAUUAUAUGCUUGUCACAGAUGUCUUCAGGAUUUUCAGUUUAAUGUUUCUGUUAUGCAAAUUGAUCAACAAAGAUGCCCAUCUCUAGAAGUACAAUUAGAGUAUUUUUCUCUUACAAGUAGGCUUGAGAAGAAAAGUCGUAAAAAAGAAGUGAGCUGCUCUUUAACCCUGCUAGAAGAAUGUCAUUAACUUGCCUCUUACUAAAAUCCAGAAGAGGGAACCAUGGACUAGAGAGUAAUUUGAAGAACUGUGAGGGUUGACUGAGGUAAAUCCAUCUGAAAAAUGGCCGUUAUAUCAGUUGUAAACCGUAUAACCCCGAUCUGGGGAACAUGAGGGAAAGAGAAGUAAGGGGAGCAGGGAAGGUGCCCUGGUGCUUGAGCGCGGCUGCUCUUGCAGGAGUGGGGUUUGGUCCCAGCACCUCCAUGGCAGCUCACUGAUCUGUAACUCCAGUUGUAGAGGACCCAGCAAUCUUCUGCAUGCAUGUGGCGCCCAUACAAACAUGCAGACCAAUACUCAUACACGUAAAAUUUUAAAACGCUAUGUUACAGGUAAUGCUGCUCUAUGCAAGUGGGUUUUGUCUGACAGGACCACACACUGCAGGGUAGGGUAGGAUCUCUACAGUUACUUUGACCAGCAGAGCAGCAAUAUACUCAAGAGGCAAGAAGGCAGUUCAUUCAGUUCAGCAUGACUAAGUAGCCAGUGUUGGUUCAAACUUCGAGAGUCUGACCCCAAGUAGUUUAUUUUAGGCAUAUUUAAGCACAGCACAAUUUGUUGAAAACUUUCUCGGUGAUAAUUCAAUCCACAUGCAAAAUAAAGCUUAAGCCAUGA